AUGAAAGGAUUACAGAACUGUAUCAGUGACACUUUCAAUGGCCCAUGUAACAAUGUAGCAGCACAUUUCACUGAUUCAUUAUGGUGUGAAAUAGUAAAUGGUGAAAAAGGAAUAAUUGAAUCUGCUGAGCGCAAGAUGUUGAAUUUAAGUUCAGAAUGUCUCGGUGAAAUUUAUCCAUUUGGUGAAUUAAGUCCCUACGAAAAAGUAUUAUUGUCAGCAGCUAUACCUGAAUUAAAGGAAACUACUGAUGAAGGUGUUAAUGUAUUUUCUGCCGAUCUCGAAUGA